AUGGAUUUCGAACAAACAUGGAGCAUAAUAUCCUCGGCCUUCCAAGAAAUUCGCACCAAAAACGCAUCACGACUGUCCUACGAAGAACUUUACCGACAUGCAUAUAGAGUGGUAUUGAGGAAGAAGGGCGAGGAUCUGUAUAACCGUGUGUGCGACAGCGAACAUGUAUGGUUGAGCGGGAAUGUGCUACCUUCAAUAAGGGCACUUAUUGCUCCGAACCUGGUGGCAGAUCUAGAAAGCCCUGAGGGCAUGACAACGAGUGAGCGGCGCGUGGUCGGCGAACGAUUCCUGAAGGGGUUGCGACAGGCCUGGGGCGAUCACCAAGUCUGCCAGAGCAUGUUGGCGGACGUUCUGAUGUACAUGGAUAGGGUUUAUUGUCAAGAUCACCGACGCCCAUCGAUCUAUGCCACCGCGAUGAUUCUCUUCCGUGACGAUGUCCUCGAUAGCCGCAUUUCGGACCUCUACGACCGCUCGAUUCUGGACCUGCUCAAUUCCGUCAUUCUUGGUCAGAUUCAGAUGGAGCGGGCAGGCGACGUUAUUGAUAAACAUCUAAUCAAGUCAUGUGUGUACAUGCUGGAUGGCUUACAUGCAAGCAAACUAGAAUCCGAAGACCAACGCCUAUACAACGUGUCAUUCGAGCAGGCGUAUCUCCAGACCAGCAGGGAGUUCUACCGCCAAGAAGCGCAACUCUUACUUGCAGAGUCGGAUGCGGGGGGCUACUGCAGAUCUGCACAUAGGAGGAUAUACGAGGAGGAAGAUCGGUGCAAGUCGACUUUGAUGGAAUCAACCAUGCCCAAGAUCCAGAACGUCGUCGAGGAAGAGCUGAUCUCAAACCGCCUCCGAGAAGUUGUAGAAAUGGAGAGUGGCGUCCGCUUUAUGAUCGACAACGACCGUAUAGAUGAACUGAGCCUCGUCUACGAUCUCAACUCCCGCGUUGACGACAAAAAGACGGAACUAACGCAAGCCAUUCAGAAGCGCAUAGUAGAGAUGGGUACAGAUAUUAGCAAUGCUGCAAUAGUCGCCUCGCAAGCCCCAGCACCUGUAUCAGCUCCUCCAGCCGAUGGCGACAAGGGAAAAGGUGCCAUGCCGGAGAAAAGCCUCAACCAACAGACGGCUGCAGCCCUUCGCUGGGUCGAAGAUGUACUCCAACUCAAAGACAAAUUUGACAGGAUCUGGAGAGACGCAUUCCAGUCGGAUAAUACCCUACAGAGUGCUAUCACACGCAGCUUCGGAGACUUCAUCAACUCACCAAACUUCCCUCGAUCCUCGGAGUACAUCUCUCUCUUCAUUGACGAGAACAUGAAGAAGGGUAUCAAGGGAAAGACGGAGUUGGAAGUGGAUGCUGUAUUGGACAAGGCUAUCAUACUGCUCAGGUAUAUCCAGGACAGGGAUCUCUUCGAGCGAUACUACAAGAAGCAUCUCUGCCGUCGUUUGCUCAUGAACAAGUCGAUCAGCAACGAGGUCGAAAAACAAAUGAUAUCGAAGAUGAAGAUGGACCUCGGCAACAACUUCACCACCAAGUUGGAGGCCAUGUUCAAAGACAUGACUAUAUCCGAAGAGCUCACGUCUGGGUUUAAGAGACAUAUCGAAGGGCUCGGCCAGAAAGACCCCAAGCGUAUCGAGCUGUCCAUCAAUGUGCUUACGAGCAUGACUUGGCCGUUAGAGACGAUGGGAUCGAGCGAUGACACAGAAGGGAAGCGGCCGCAUGCCAACUUCCCUCCUGCAAUAGACCGGUUGCGACGCGGUUUUGAGAAGUACUACAACGACAAGCAUUCCGGUCGCCGGCUCACCUGGCUUGCGCAAAUGGGGUCCGCUGAUAUCAAAGCUGUGUUCCCUAGAGUUCCUCAAAAAGAUGGUUCAUUCAAGGAGCGACGACAUGAUCUGAACGUGUCGACGUUCGGUAUGAUUGUUUUGUUGCUCUUCAACGAUUUGCCCUCGGAUCAAUACUUGACCUUCGAGGAGAUUCAGGCACAGACAAACAUUCCUCAACCUGAUUUGAUACGCAACCUGCAGUCUCUGGCAGUAGCACCAAAAACACGCAUCCUUGUUAAGGAGCCAAUGUCCAAGGAUGUCAAGCCUACCGAUAAAUUCUUUUUCAAUGAAGGGUUUAACGGGAAGUUUGUCAAGAUCAAAGUUGGCGUGGUUUCGAGCGGUAACAAGGUUGAAAAUGACCGCGAACGGCGCGAAACCGAGAAGAAGAAUGAUGAUUCGAGAGGCUUCUGUAUCGAGGCCGCCAUUGUUCGGAUCAUGAAACAAAGAAAAGAACUUCCGCAUCAACAGCUCGUACUCGAAACCCUUAGCCAGCUUGUGAACCAGUUCAAACCCGAGGUGGGGAUGAUCAAAAAACGAAUCGAAUCGCUUAUAGAACGCGAAUAUCUGGAACGCAUCGACGGGGCCAGUAUUGACUCUUAUAGAUAUUUAGCAUAA